GCAUUCACGUUGAUCGGUUAAGUGCUAGUAGCAUUUUGAACGCCUAAAGAAAUAGAAUCUUCAAGCGUAUGACUGAUCUCUCCUGUACGGAGUUUUUUUUAGUGUAAAUAUAAAAACAAAAUUUAAUAUUAUUCGUAAAGAGAUCUUGCUUUAAAGAUUUCAUAGACAUUUGGAUUUUCCGAAAAAUAUGUCGGCCCGAGAUCAAAAUGGUCGCAGUAGUGUUAUUAGAAAGCUUCGGCGCUCCGCUUCGGCCAAUGAACGCACCAUGAGUGAGUUACGCUAUCGAAAAUCCACACAGUAUCUAUUCGAUCAAAAUGGUAUACCAAUUGACUUAAGGCAAUAUCGCAAGGUAUUGGAUGAUAAUGGCAAUAAUAGUGCAGAAAAAAAAUCUCGCUACAGGAGAACUCAAAGUGUUACACGAGCUGAAGAGAUUACCACCAAAGAAGAAAAGCAACGACAAAAACAACCAGAUAAACCAUGCCAUCGCCCGAGAGAUUCAUUAUUUUCUUGGAGUUCAGGUUUUAGUAAUUUUACCGGCUUAGUUAACUGGGGUUUCCUAUUACUAACCAUAGGUGGUUUUAGAUUAUGCUUGGAAAAUUUACUAAAAUACGGCAUUAGAAUAAAUCCAAUUGAAUGGUAUUUCUUUUUAAGCGGUAAAAAUCAAGCUGAAGGUCACGCUUCACUUUUCCUCAUAUUAUAUUCCAUUGUGCACAUAUCGAUAUGCCUGAUGAUAGAAAAAGGUCUUGCUUUGGAAAUUAUAACUGAAAGGUUGGGUAUGUUUAUGCAAAUUACUAAUAUAGUUGUUGUAGUUAUCUUGCCAGUAAUUAUUACCUAUCUAAAAGGGCAUCUUUUCACCUUAAUUGGCGCUACCACAGUGUGUUUCGUUUAUUCAAUGAUCUUCCUAAAGUUAUGGAGCUACGUUCAGGUAAAUAUGUGGUGCCGUCAAGCUUAUUUCAUGCGGCAAUAUAAUCCCAGAGAAAGACGUCCCAGCAUAACGUUGGCUCAGUUAAAAAAUGGUCAGUUAAACGAACCAGACGAUAACGAUGAAGAUGUGCCUGUUCUAGUACAAUAUCCUGAUAAUCUCUGCUAUAGGGACAUGUUUUAUUUUCUAUUUGCUCCAACUUUAUGUUACGAGUUGAAUUUCCCUCGUACAACGCGUGUCAGAAAGCGUUUUCUUUUAAAACGUUUGCUGGAAGUAAUAAUUGGUGUAAAUGUUUUAAUGGCUCUAUUUCAACAGUGGAUUAUACCGUCCGUCAGAAAUUCUCUAAUACCUUUUUCGAAUAUGGAAAUAGGGUUAGCUACAGAACGUUUGCUUAAAUUAGCCUUGCCCAAUCAUCUAGUAUGGUUAUGUUUCUUCUAUUUAACAUUCCAUUCGCUUCUAAAUGCUGUCGGAGAAUUAUUGCACUUUGCUGAUCGUAAUUUCUAUGGAGAUUGGUGGAACGCACGCAACAUUGAUGUAUUUUGGCGCAAUUGGAAUAUGCCGGUACAUAGGUGGUGUGUUCGCCAUAUAUAUAUACCAGUAGUACGGAUGGGUUAUUCCAACAGCCAAGGUUCUUGUAUCGUUUUUUUUGUUAGUGCUUUUUUCCACGAAUAUUUUGUAUCAAUCCCUUUACAAACUUACAAAAUUUGGGCAUUUCUUGGCAUGAUGGGUCAAAUACCUUUAUCCACUUUAUCAAAGUCUAUUGAGCGAAGUUUGGGGCCACGGAUGGGAAACAUUGUUGUAUGGGCGUCCAUUAUUUUGGGUCAACCGCUAUCUAUUAUGAUGUAUUACCAUGACUAUGUUGUAACUCAUUUCAAAGAAGCUUUGAACAGUACCACUUACAACGAAUUUUAAAACCAUUUAAGGGAGGCAACGUAAGGUUGCGGUACUUAUCUAAUUGAACUUCUUCGUUUGUGUGAUUAUGCAUUUAAACUUCUUAUAAGAAUAAGAAUUCAUCGAAACAUUUAUUAAUCCUAAAAAUAACAAAAUAAGGAUUUCUUUUUUGUUAAGAUCUUUUUUAAUAAUGUAA